AUGAAGAUUCUUUCUUGGAAUGUGAGAGGUUGUGGUUCCAAAGAAAAACGUAAAGCAAUUAAGGAGUUAAUCUGCAAAGUUAAUCAAGAUAUUAUUAUUCUUCAAGAGAUUAAAAAGGCGUCUAUAGAUAGGAGGUUCAUUGGAAGCAUUUGGAGAUCUAGGUUUAAAGGUUGGAUUCUGCAGGAGGCGAUUGGUCGAUCAGGAGGUACUUUGGUGGUCUGGGAUACAAGGAGUGUUUCCGUUAUUGAUUCGUUAGUUGGGGAUUUCUCCGUUUCUAUUUUCUUGAAGGCUGAAGGGAAGGAACCGUGGUGGCUCUCACGUGUUUAUGGUCCAGUAGUGUAUGGUAAGAGAGAAAGAUUUUGGGAUGAAUUAGCUGGUUUGAGUGCUAUUUAUGGUAAUAAUUGGUGCGUUGGGGGAGAUUUUAAUGUGGUUAGGAGGGUUGAUGAGAAAUUGAAUAGCAAGUCAAAUACAAGGAGUAUGAAUAAGUUUGAUGCUUUGAUUAGAGAGUUAAAGUUGGUUGACCCUAAACUGCAAAAUGGGCGGUUCACGUGGUCAAAUUUUAGACUUAAGCCUGUUUGGAGUAGAUUGGAUAGAUUCCUGCAUACUCUCUCUUGGUCAGGACUAUACUCCUUCAUUCCCCAGGAAGUUAUGGUUCGAAUAGUUUCUGAUCAUAUUCCGGUGGUGUUAGAUAUGAGCCCUCCUUCAUGGGGUCCCGCUCCUUUCCGCUUUGACAAUUCAUGGCUGGAGCAUAAGGAGUUCUCUAGCUAUUUCAAGAAGUGGUGGGAGUCGGCUAAAGUGCAUGGUUGGCCGGGUUGUCACUUUAUGUCUAAGCUUGCAAUGGUCCGAGAUAAAAUAAAGAAGUGGAGUCGGGAGGUCUUUGAGGCUAGGAAAGUGCAAAAAUUUGCGCUCGAAAGAAGUGCGCGGAAAGCAAGGAACUUUAUCUCUAGGAUUGAGGAAGAAGAUGGUACUGUUUGGGUUGAAGAUAAGGAUAUUGAAAAGGCUAUUUUGGGUUUCUAUUCUGCUUUGUAUUCAGCAAUCCCCAGAGAAUGGAUUGGAGUGGAGGGCAUUUCGUGGUCACCGAUCUCAGCAGUUAUGGCUUCCUUUUUAGAGCGGCCUUUCGAGGAAGAUGAAAUCAAACAAGCGGUUUUCGCUUGUGAUGGAUCUAAGUCCCCGGGGCCGAAUGGUUUCUCCAUGGCUGUGUAUCAGAAUAAUUGGGAUGUUGUCAAAAAUGAUCUUCUCGCAGUCUUUCAAGAUUUUUUUCAACGACGGUGUUGGCGGGGGGUUCUUUCGGACACAAUUGCGGAAUCGCAAGGAGCUUUUGUAGAAGGUAGGCAAAUUCUGGAUACAGUUUUGAUCGCAAAUGAGGCAGUAGAGGAGUACAGGAGCAAGGGUAGGAAGGGUUGGGUUUUCAAAAUUGAUUUCACUAAGUCUUAUGAUUGCGUGGAUUGGGGAUUCCUGGAUUCAGUUAUGAAAAAGAAAGGGUUUGGCGAUCUCUGGAGAAGGUGGAUUCGUGGUUGUCUCUCCUCCACUUCUUUUUCAAUAUUUUUAAAUGGUCAUCCAAGGGGUAAGUUCAAAGGUUCAAGGGGUCUGCGGCAAGGGGAUUCCUUAUCCCCGUUCUUGUUCACUCUGGUAGCAGAUGUUCUGGGAAGAAUGAUUGAUACUGCUAAAAGUAAGUCAGCUUUUAGAGGUUUUUCAGUAGGAAAGGAUAAUAUGGAUGUCAGUCAUCUUCAGUUUGUCGAUGAUACGAUAUUUUUUGUGAACGAUAAGGAGUCUUUGGUUGUACUUUUGGAAAUCCUCAAGGUGUUCAGUGUGGUGUCUGGUUUAUCUAUCAAUCUGCAGAAAUGUCAAUUGUUGGGAAUCAAUUUGAAUGAGGAGAUCGUGGAACGGCAAGCUAAAGAGAUAGGUUGUGAGGUAGGUCAAUGGCCAAUCCAGUAUUUGGGUCUUCCUUUGGGGGAUUCUCCUCGUUCCAAGGGUUUUUGGGAGCCUGUUAUUUCGAAAUGUGCUAAUCGUUUGGAUUCUUGGAAGAGCGCUUUUUUGUCUAGAGGUGGCAGAUUGACUCUUAUUCAAUCGGUUUUGUCUUCAAUCCCCGUUUAUUAUUUGUCUUUGUUAUGUAUCCCUAAGAGUGUGGUGGGGAUUAUUGAAAAGCUGAUGCGGGAUUUCUUGUGGGAAGGGGCGGAACAUUCAGGGGCUGACCACUUGGUAUCUUGGAACGAAGUUUGUAAAUCACGUAGUUACGAGGGCUUGGGCAUUGGAAAUUUAGCGUUGCGGAACAAGGCUUUUCUUUUCAAGUGGUUGUGGUGGUUUCCUAUGGAGAGUACUUCUUUGUGGCAUGGGGUGGUCAGAAGCAGAUAUGGGAGUGAUGGGGGCCAUUGGGACACUAAUGUUGGAGGAAGAUUUUCAACUCGUGGCCCUUGGAAAGAAAUCUCGGCUUUGUAUGAGGAGUAUAGAAGCUUGGUUUAUUUUAAAGUAGGAAGGGGAGACAGAAUUCGUUUUUGGGAGGAUGUUUGGAUUGGUGAUUCAUCUUUCAAACAGAAAUACCCAAAUUUGUUCAGGGUAUCGGAGGCCAAGAAUUUUUUGAUUAAGGACGUGGUAGUGGGGGAGGAGAUCAACAGUUCGGAAGGCCUUUGUUUGAACUUUAGAUUCAGAAGGAAUCUUUUUGAUUGGGAGAUUCCAAGUUUGGUUGAGUUGUUUAAUCUGAUUAAGUUUGUAGAUUUACCCCAGAUUUUGGAGGAUAAGAGGAUUUGGAUUCUAGAUACUAGUGGAGUUUUCAAUUGCAAGACUGCAUUUCAAUCUUUGUCCUGUGCUAAUUUAGGUCCAGAGUUACCUUGGGCUAAGAGGUUAUGGAAGAGUGUGGUCCCUUACAAAGUGAAAGUGUUUGGCUGGCUCUUAUUUUCGAAUAAAUUAAGUGUCUUCGACAUUUUGCAGCGAAGAAGACCUUUUCAAUAUUUGUCACCAAGUUGGUGUGUUUGCUGUAAAAACAAUGGUGAAUCAAUUACCCAUCUUUUCCUUGAAUGCUCUUUCUCCACGGCUUUGUGGAGUAAAGUGUUAAAAGAGUUUGGGGUAUCUUGGUGUAUGCUUUCUUCGUGGUCGCACCUGUUCUUGUGUCAACUAGAGGGAGAGAAAAAAAUGGCUCGUCUUUGGCAAAGUACCGUCAUGGCAACUUUCUGGGUUAUUUGGUUGGAAAGAAAUAGCAAGAUCUUUGAUGAGUCCUCUUGUUCUGUUGAUUCCCUUUGGGAUAAAAUUAGAUUCUGGGUGGCUACCUGGGUAUAUAGGUCGAAAGGAUUUGAGGAUGUUUUCUUUUUGGAUCUUUGUAGGGAAUAG